GUCACACGACCAAUCAGCGCCGUCGAUGUUAGAGUGUGCCGUGACGUAGGGAGGCGUGUGUGACAUUUGCUGCAAGGAGCUAGUUUACGAACAGCUAGCCGGAUAAAGAUGAAGAAUUCAGGACGGGAAUGAUUGUAUUUUAACUUUUAACCGAUGAGCUGACGUUUGGGUCAAACUUUAUAAUCGUCCUCAGAGUAGAAGAGAGAGUUAAUGUUAAAUGUAACGAUUGUUAAAACUUUCUCUGCGGUGAAACGAGUUAAAUAUUCGGCUAACUCUGAACAUUCACUUGCACAGUAAAUGUUCUGAGUUCGAGUUCAGGUGUUGUUCUGCUUUGUUGUUGUGAAAUGUUAACAUCAUUAAGAUAACUGCAUUUCUUUGAGUUUGUUGUCGUGCAUUAUGUGAGGACGUUCGAGCUCGAGCCGACUCUGCUAACUGCGUUUUGCACACAAGGUUAAAAUUAGCUUGAGCCAGCUAGCUCCCCUCACUACCUCUGCUGCAGUUUGUCACUUUCUUUCUUUAUGCUGACUUCUCGGGCCAGGUGUGCAGAAAGUAGGCCAGGUGUGGAGUUGCAUAGAUAGAGGGUGCAGUGUGUGGUUCUGCUGUCUACUUCAGGGAUUUUCUUUACUUUAGUGGAACCAGAGCUGGGAUCAUGCUGCUCUCCCUGGUGGUGCACACUUACUCAUUGCGCUACUGGUUUCCAGCCACGAUUAUGCUGGGAACUGCUCCGGCUUAUCUGCUGUCAUGGGGAGCAUGGCGUUUAAUGUCGACUGUCCUACCAGACCGAGUGUACCACAAACUAGACGACCGACUGUACUGCAUCUACCAGAGCAUGGUCCUGUUCUUCUUUGAGAACUACACAGGAGUAGAGAUUGUGAUUUAUGGAGAUAUACCAAAGACCAAAGAGAACGUGAUCUACCUGUCUAACCACCAAUGUACAGCUGACUGGAUUAUUGCAGACAUGCUGGCCAUCCGGCAGAGAGCUCUUGGCCACGUCAGAUAUGUCCUCAAAGACGGACUCAAGUGGCUCCCGCUCUACGGAUGGUAUUUUUCUCAGCACGGAGGAGCUUACGUGAAACGGAGCGCUAAGUUCAGUGAAAACGCGAUGAAGAAGAAGCUCUUCUCUCAGACGAGAUCUGGAACACCAAUGUACCUUGUUAUCUUCCCUGAAGGAACCCGCUAUAAUCCAGAGCUGAAGAAUGUUAUCGCUGACAGUCAGGCUUUUGCUACGAAAGAAGGGCUUGCUGCUUUAAAGCACACACUUACACCCAGAAUGAGGGCCUCUCACAUAGCCUUGGAUUCCAUGAAGGACCACCUGGACGCAGUGUAUGACGUCACGGUGGCCUACGAGGGGACACUGGACGCCUCUGGUCGGAGAACACCUGCUCCAUCAAUGCCAGAAUUCCUGUGCAGAGAAUGUCCCCGUGUCCACAUACACUUCGACCGCGUGGACAUAAAGGAAAUUCCUACAGAGCCACUGUUCUUCCGCAGGUGGCUGCACGAGCGUUUUGAAAUCAAGGACCGGCUGCUGACCGACUUCUACGAGACGGAGGACAAAUUAUGCAAGUUCCCAGGAGAAGGGAAAAUUUCUUCUCUGCACCUCUCUAAAACCCUCCCAUCAGUGAUGAUCCUGGGGGGGCUGACACUGCCAUUACUGCUGACGGAGAGCGGCAGGAAACUGUACCUGAGGACCUGGGUGUACGGGACGCUGCUGGGCUGGCUGUGGGUGAAUGUUUUUCCUUAACGAACAGAGCAGGGGGGGCUGCCACAAUGAUAGCACAACAGACAUGAGAGAGGAGGCGCCGCCAUGUUUUUUCCUGCAUCACAACGACACGAGGUGUGUUUCUAAUGCAGAGCUGCAGCGUCUGAUAAGAGGCUCGGAGAUUUAGCCAACAUGUCUGGCUCACCGGUGACGUGAGCGGAAAAGCUGAAACCGAGAUGGGGAGAGAUAUUGAGCUUUUUGUGCUAUGUGUUCCCUCGCAUUCUUUGGAUUCGCAGCCUGAAAUGAUGAGGAAAAUUAAAGAUCUGUCAAAAAAGUUUUAGAUAAAGCUAAAGUAACCAAGAUGAUCUCUACUAUGGAAUAGAUUUAAAAAAUAUAUACUUAUUCUAUUUAUCGUAAAUACUUCCCCCUUUAUUAGAUUUAGCCAAAUUAGGUCUCUUGCAUGCUCACUCUUCCAUCAAACAUUGGCCACCUUUAAAGCUCGUGUACGACAUACAUUUAAAAACAGAGUGUAGAGUACUUUCAAAACAACUUUAAUGAUCACAAUCAGCUGCUGUGUUACUGACACGGUGUAGGAGAUCAUUAAGUGUGAAGUGCACUGACUCUUUGACAUUGGUUUUAAUGCUCUCUUAUUUAUGCCAAGUCCCCGUGUCAGGACGGUGAUGCACUUUGCUCAUUUAACGUGAAGUUUUUUACAUUCGUAGAACAAACAGAAAAAACAUACCGUCUUCUUCAGAGACUCCUCAACAUGUCACCAGCUGCAUUGUUUACCAUAAAAACUCAUAAUGACUUUGUUUUGUACUGAUAAUGAAUGUAGCCGUAAAAACAUGUAUCUAUGUAUGUCCCUAAAUGUUUCUUUUAAUUUACAACAUCCCAUAUUUUCCAAUUUCACUUCAACAUUCUAGUCUUACCAUCCUAAUUGUUUGCUCAUAUUGAGGAUGUGUGUUCAAAAAAAAAACGUUCUACCAAUGUAAAAUAUUUCUUUAACCUCAAAUGUCAAUCGUUGCCAAAACCGUACAUCUUUACAGCAAUGUUCUACCAGUGUUUUGAGUUGAGCAAUACUUCUUUUAAUGCCAGCAGAGAAACUUGUCUUUGUUUAUUGUUUGUUUUGUCUAAAUAUGUUAGAGUGAUUUUGUUUUUAUGUUUUAUCCGAGGUCCAUAACUUUGAAAUGCAGUUGUUACGUAUGUUUCAGCUCACAUGAAAGUAUCUACCAAGCAAAAAAAAGCUGAUGAAGCCAUGUUAACAGUUUGUCACAGGUUCCUGUGCACUCAAAGCCAUUUGUAUUAUAAUUAUCACUGUAAUGUGUAAUGCACUGUACGUACGUUAUUGUUGUUGUUUACUGUAUGAACCAUUGCAUUUUCCACAAGUCACUUUACAUAUUUGUCGUCUCGUCUUCCUCUAAGUUUAGUCUUUGAUAUGUUCUCCUCAUGCUGAUGGUUCAUGGUUGGUCCAUGAUCCUCCAGUACCUCACUUGAAUAAUCCUUCCUUGUUCUUAAAUGACCCUCGUCAGCCAUUUUAUAGUCAUUUGUAUCCUGACCAGAUCAGACUGUAACUCAUCAGGAAACUCUGUAGACAGUAUUUAAAUGCCAAUGGAUUUUGGAAAUGUGUGCCUUCUCUUUGGAGGAGUUGGUCCUCAGCCCUGUCAGAGGGUCACAGUAGCUCUUUUCCAACAAGUGACUGCGCAGAGACUCUCUGCUGGAGCUGCUACUCUCUGCAGCAUGUGGUCACGUUGUCUACAGUUCAUAGUGGCUUAUUUUGCUCUAAGAAUGCAUUUAUUUACACUUUUUGAGGACUAUAAUAAAAUGAUGAAACCUUUAAUGUGUGUAAGUUUUGAAAAUGGAGAUCAGAGUAAAAUAAAGUUUUUUUUCUUUG